CCCGCCGGGCCAGCCGCUGCGGGACAGCUGUGAGCCGAGGGGUUCCGCGCGGGCAGGUGCAAGGGAAGGGGCGCAGGCGGCGACGCCAAGGUGAUGCUCUGACCACAGAUGCCCUUCAGGAGGCUGGUGUGGAGACAAAAUCAGGCCAUCAAGCUGCUCAUCAAGGGUGGGGUGGCACCAGCUGGCCACUCUUCCUCCAUGAGCUCAGCCUGGCUCUCCACUGGGCACUCGGCACGGCCACGUCUCUUCCUACAGAAAGAGCUGCAGGAGGAACCCUGAGGGAGCCAGAACCUAGCAGUCUGGGAUUCAGACAAAGCUCCUGGAGAGCUCAGUCAAGCUUCACUGCCCCUCCUACCCCCAGGUGGGAUUCAAAUCACCGGUACCAAAGUUGUCCUCCAGACGUAAAGAAUUACCUGUCGUCUGAGGAGCUGGAGCCAGCAAGGUUCUGAAAAGGCUUGAAGAAAUUGAUAAAUCUGGAUGGCUACCUCCAACCAGGGGGUGGUCUCCAGACCCCAGAGACCUGGUCGGGGGCCAGUGGGGAGCAAGGCCAGCCUGGGUCACCUGGACAGCCUGGAGUGGAAGGAGAACCAGGAGCAGACACCAAGUCAACUGGCCAUGCUGAAGAAGGCACAGGAAUUCUUCCAGGCCUGUGAUGCAGAGGGCAAAGGCUUCAUUGCCAGGAGAGAUAUACAGAGGCUCCAUAAGGAGUUGCCACUCAGCCUGGAGGAGCUGGAGGAUGUGUUUGAUGCCCUGGAUGCUGAUGGCAAUGGCUUUCUAACCCCAGAGGAGUUUACUACUGGAUUUAGUCACUUCUUCUUCAGCCAGAGUAACCCAAGUCAGGAAGAUGCAGGCGAACAGGUGGCCCAGCUCCAGGAAGAGAAGGUAUAUCAGUCCAGAGGGGAAGAGGAUCUGGGUGACAUGGACAAAGAUGAGGAAGCUCAGUUCCAGAUGCUGAUGGACAGACUUGGAGCUCAAAAGGUUUUGGAAGAUGAAAGCGAUGUCAAGCAACUCUGGCUGCAGCUGAAGAAGGAUGAACCUCACUUACUGUCCAACUUUGAGGAUUUCCUGACCAGGAUCUUUUCCCAGCUCCAAGAAGCCCACGAGGAGAAGAACGAACUGGAAAGUGCCCUGAAAAAGAAAAUUGCUGGUUAUGAUGAAGAAAUCCAGCAUCUCUAUGAGGAGAUGGAACAACAGAUCAAAAGUGAGAAGGAGCGGUUUCUCCUGAAAGACACAGAGAGGUUCCAGACCCUCAGUCAGGAGCUGGAACAGAAAUUAUUAUCUAAGGAGCAGGAACUGGAACAGCUCAUCCAGAAGCAGAAAAGGCUGGAAGGCCAGUGUAUAGUCCUGCACAAUGACAAGCACGAAACCAAAGCUGAGAAUACCAAGCUGAAACUCACCAACCAGGAGCUGGCCCAGGAGCUGGAGCGGACCUCCCGUGAGCUACAGGAUGCUCAACAGCAGCUGGAAAGUCUCCACCAGGAGGCCUGCAAACUGCACCAGGAGAAGGAGAUGGAAGUAUACCGUGUGACGGAGAGUCUGCAGCGGGAAAAGUCAGGGCUCCUGAAACAGCUGGAUUUUCUGAGGGAAAGGAACAAGCACCUCCGGGAUGAACAGGACAUAUGUUUUCAGAAAGAUAAGGCAGCCAAGGCAAACGCAGCUGCUUCCACAGCAAGCUGGAAACAGAGAUCUGGCUCUGUGAUCGGCAAAUAUGUGGACAGCAGAGGAAUUCUUGGAAGCCCAUCAGAGGAGGAGGAAGAUGUGUUUGGCGUCCCGAGGAGGAGGAGCUCCCUGGGCCUGAGUGGAUACCCCCUCACAGAAGGGGAGCCAGGAACUGGGGAGCCAGGGGCUGGGGGUCCACCCCACCAGACACUCCACAGAAUCAUCUCCAUUGAAGAAGACCCCCUGCCCCAGCUCCUGGAUGGCGGCCUUGAGCAGCCACUGAACAGAUGCCCAGAAGAGCGGGAUGUCUCCGACCAGGGGGGCAAAGGACAAAUUCAGCAGGCCCCACCCUUGGAACUCACCCUCACAUCUCCCCGAGGACAGCCUGUUGGAAAAGAAGCCCAGUAUAAGGAGGAAAGUUCUCCCUCUGCUCCAGACCGGCUCUUCAAAAUUGUGUUAGUGGGCAAUUCCAGCGUGGGGAAGACAUCGUUCCUGAGGAGGUUCUGUGAGGACCGGUUCUCCCCGGGCAUGGCAGCUACUGUGGGGAUUGAUUACCGAGUGAAGACGGUGAACGUGGACGACUCUCAGGUGGCCCUGCAGCUGUGGGACACGGCUGGGCAGGAGAGGUACCGUUGCAUCACCCAGCAGUUUUUCAGGAAGGCCGAUGGUGUCAUCGUCAUGUACGACCUCACAGCCAAACAGUCCUUCCUGUCAGUCCGGCAGUGGCUGAGCAGCGUGGAGGAAUCUGUGGGAGACCACAUCCCUGUUCUUCUGCUGGGCAAUAAAAUUGACAACCAGAAGGAGCGAGAAGUCCCCCGGGGCCUCGGAGAACAGCUUGCCAAGGAGAACAGUCUGAUCUUCUAUGAAUGCAGUGCCUAUUCUGGUCACAAUGCCAAAGAGUCCCUGCUCCAUCUAGCCAGGAUCCUCAAGGAGCAAGAAGACACAGUGAGGGAGGACACCAUUCAGGUCGGCCGCCUUGCCAAGAAGAAAUCCUGCUGUGGCUGAUAGGAGGCCUCCCAGGACUAUCGUGGUCGAAGCCUGAGGUCCCAGAGUCCACCCUACAACCUGCACAUGGCCUCCUACGUAGAUGCCAUCCAGCAAGGCCCACCAGACCUUUGUCCUUGUCAGUGACUUGCCUCCCUCAAAAGGGAGGGAAGCACAUUGAGUCAGGAGAGCUACUCUUGGGGCAUCUUGGGGUCUUUCCUUUCCCUUCUCGCUCUAGGCCCCAGGUGUCCAUUCCUUCUUUUUCAGCUCAGUUUCCUGGGGGAAAGGAAACAGAUGGGCUUUUCCAGAACAGCCACUACGUGCCUUCUCCAUCUCCCUUCUCCUCCCCUUGCCCUUAGGAGCUACAGCCCUGCAGUUGCCAAGGCAACCAUGCAGGUCCAACUUGCUGCUUCCUGCAGGCCAGAGGAUGUACUGCUUGGGUGAUGCUGAGGUAGUUUGUCCUGCUUGGGCUCCUGUUCUCUGGAGACCAAUGAGAUAUCCUUGGUAUAUGCUUCAUGGACCUUGGGAUACCCAUGUUGUUGAGAGAAGGAAACCAGAACGCCCACAUUCUAUUUC